UUGUGCUUCCUCCAAACACAACACAGCAGCGGAGCAGAUGAUGGGGAUGACACGCUUGUUGUUACUGGCAGUGGUUGCGCUCGCCGCACAGGCGGCAGCAGCAGCGGCGGCAGCGGAAGGGAGGACGAUGGUGUUUGGUGGUGUUGGGGAGAAGAGUGUGGGACCCCCAGCACGGUACUUUACCCAGUGGCAGGAUCACUUUGACGGCACAAACGUCAACACUUGGCAGCAGGCCUACUAUGUGAACGACACGUUCUGGAAGGGCGAUGCCAACGCGCCCGUGUUCCUGUGCGUCGGCGGCGAGGGCCCGCCCAUCGACGGCAGCGUCGUCGUCUCCAGCGUGCACUGCAACGGCGCAGUGGAGAUGCUGCCGGAGACGGGCGCCAUCAUGUUUGCCGUGGAGCACCGCUACUACGGCUGCCACAACAUGAGCGCGUGCCCCGUGACCUCCUUCCUCAAGCCAAAGGAUGCCCUACGCUUCCUGUCGAGCCGGCAGGCGCUGGCGGACCUUGCGGGCUUUCACGCCUAUGCCACGGCCACAUAUGGGCUCAAGCCAACCAACAAGUGGGUCUCCUUUGGCGGCAGCUACCCGGGCAUGCUGGCUGGGUGGUUCCGGCUCAAGUUCCCGCACCUCGUGCACGCGUCCGUGGCCUCGUCUGCGCCCGUGCAGGCCAUCGUGGACAUGGUUGGCUACAACGACGUGGUUGCCGAGGCGUACGCCGUGUCCAACAACAACGUCGGUGGAAGCCCCGCCUGCCGCAAGGCCAUUGCGGACGGGCACGCCAUGAUCGGCCAGAUGUUCAGCAGCGACAGCGGGCGCACGCGGCUGGCUAACCUGUUUGGGCACAACGCCAAGUGGUACGAGAACAAGCUCAACCAGGCCAGCUUUGCCGGGUUUGGCGUCGCCUACUUCCCAGCGCAGGGCAACGACCCCGCGUGCACAGACCCGGCGUGCAACAUUGGCCGCAUCUGUGCGGUUAUGACCAACACGAGCCUUGGCGAUGAGGUAUCGCGUCUUGCCGCCAUCCGCAACAUGCAGGACGAGUGGCUUUCGCAGCCGUUUGAGACCGUCAACCGGAAGCACUCGCUGAUGCACGCCGCAGGCAACGACGCCGAGCUGCCAGACUUCUGGAGCUGGCAGGUGUGCACGGAGUUUGGGUUCUUCCAGACGUGCGAGGUGGGCAGCAAGUGCUUCUUCACGCAGGGAUAUGACACGCUGCAGUCGCAGAUGGAGUUUUGCAGCGCCGUGUUUGGCAUUCCCGCCACAAAGGUGCGGCAGAACAUUGCGGACAGCAACCUGUAUUAUGGUGGGCGCAACUCUGGCGGGUCGUGUCUCAUCUACCCGAACGGCGAGGUCGAUCCUUGGCACGCGCAGUCCAUCCUCAACUCCACCAACCCCAACGUCAAGACACUGUGGGUGCCCGGCGCGUCGCAUCACGCAUGGACGCACCCGUCUCUGCCGACCGACCAGCCCUCUGUUGUCGCCGCUCGUAAGGCCAUCCGCGACUACGUCACCUCCACCCUCAACCAGGAGUGCUGAGGCGCUCACGUGUGUGUUGUGCUUGUGUGUUGUGUUGUCCUGUAUGUACGUGUGUGUGUGUGAGUGUGCAUGUGUGUCGUGCUCUGUGCACGAGUGAAUACACACAACAUGAAGCAA